GCGGGGGUGAGGCCGGGAGCAGCUCCAAGGACCAUCCAUCACUCCCAACCAGCCAAACCUCCCACGGCGAGAGACAUUUCCUUGGCAGGGGAGGGGGGGACACAUGCGAGGGGGCUGCCAGCCCCAUCCCCGUGCCUCCUACCCAACGCGGCUGCGUGCGGCCGCCCCGGCCCCGGGAAAUUUUCUCGUCCCUUCCCUAGGCCUUGCCGCAAUUUCCAUUAAUAGCCAGCUGAGCCGCACGGCUAAAAAUAGCCACGGGGCCCUCUUCAUAAGCCACGGCUGGGUGCCCCCCCCCUCCGCAGCCCCGUGCACCAUGGCCGAGCGCCGCGUCCCCUUCACCUUCCUGCGCAGCCCCAGCUGGGAGCCUUUCCGCGACUGGUACCAUGGCAGCCGCCUCUUCGACCAGUCCUUCGGGAUGCCCCAUAUCCCCGAGGAUUGGUACAAGUGGCCGAGCGGCAGCGCCUGGCCGGGAUAUUUCCGUCUGCUGCCCCGGGAGAGCGCGUUGGUGCCGGCGCCCGGCUCACCCUACGGGCAGGCGCUGAGCCGCCAGCUCAGCAGCGGCAUCUCCGAGAUCCGUCAGACCGCCGACAGCUGGAAGGUGACCUUGGACGUCAACCACUUCGCGCCCGAGGAGCUGGUGGUCAAGACCAAGGAUAAUAUCGUGGAGAUAACGGGCAAACAUGAGGAGAAGCAGGAUGAACACGGCUUCAUCUCCAGGUGCUUCACCCGAAAAUACACCCUGCCCGCCGGCGUGGAAGCCACGGCCGUGCGGUCCUCGCUGUCCCCCGACGGCAUGCUCACGGUGGAAGCCCCCCUGCCCAAACCGGCCAUCCAGUCUGCCGAAAUCACCAUCCCCGUCACCGUGGAGAGCCAAGCCAAGGAGCCGGCCAAGAAGUAGGCGUCAGCGAGGAGGAGGAGGAGGAGGAGGAGGAGGAGGAGGAGGAGGAGGAGGAGGAGAAGCUGCCAUCGCUCCCCCCGCACAAGCUGCAUCCUCACACCCACCCCCACCUGACCCCGCUCGCAGCCCCCUCUUUAUUGUUUAUUUUUUACUCGCCCGGUCACCGAGUGCCUUGACUCAAUGUGAAGAAACCGAUAGAACCAGCCGGAAUAAAAAAAUGGUGAAAGAAA